AUGGCGGAUGAUCCGCCCCUUCUUCUUCAUCCUCGCGCUUCAUUGCCCUCGCUGUCUUCCCUCUACACCCGUGGCUUUCUCCUCACACGCACGGAGCUCUCCUCCUUUAGCCGAUGCUCGGAUGAUCACCCAUGCUCAGCUCCCCUCAACUCCACCGCCCAUUCUGAUCCCUUUCAACGUCCAGAUCGAGAUCAUGAUCAGUGGUGCUGGACCAGGCCGGCAGUUGACCGGAUUGUCAUCAUUGUCCUCGACGCACUCCGCUACGACUUCCUCUCGCCGAGCACUUUCUUCGAAGAGAAGAAACCAUGGAUGGACAAGUUGACAGUGCUGCAGAGGUUGGCCGCCAAGGAACCAUUAUCCGCUAGAAUUUUUAAGGCCAUUGCGGAUCCUCCGACGACUAGCUUGCAGCGUCUCAAGGGUUUGACUACUGGUGGGCUUCCAACCUUUAUUGAUGUGGGAAACAGUUUUGGAGCUCCAGCAAUUGUUGAAGAUAACUUGAUACAUCAGAUGGCUCAAAAUGGAAAGAGAGUGUUGAUGAUGGGUGAUGACACAUGGUUGCAGUUGUUUCCUAAUCAUUUCAAAACAGCGUACCCUUACCCUUCCUUUAAUGUUAAAGAUCUGGAUACGGUGGAUAAUGGUGUCGUCAAACACUUGUUUCCAUCAUUAUACCAGGAUGACUGGGAUGUCCUUAUUGCUCAUUUUCUUGGUGUGGAUCAUGCAGGACAUAUAUUUGGUGUUGAUUCAAUGCCAAUGGUACAAAAAUUGGAGCAAUAUAACUCUAUUCUAGAGAGAGUUGUUGAGGUUCUCAAGAACCAGUCUGGACCUGGUGGGCUGCAUGAGAAUACUUUACUUAUUGUCAUGGGGGAUCAUGGCCAAACCUUAAAUGGAGAUCAUGGAGGAGGAACUGCAGAAGAGGUUGAAACAUCACUAUUUGCAAUGAGUUUGAGGAGUCCUCCACCUUCUGUAUCAUCUAUCCUUGAUCACAGCACUUGCAAACUGGAUUUGGAAGGAGAAAUGAUAUGCACAAGCUCCAUGCAACAGCUUGAUUUUGCAACAACUUUGGCAGCACUUCUUGGUAUACCCUUUCCUUUUGGAAGUAUUGGGUGUGUUAAUCCAGAGCUUUAUGCCUUGAGUGGUGGUACAUGGGAUGGACAAUGGACUAAAAAUAGAAAUCAAGAGUACUGUUCAGAUUUGGAAGAAUGGAUGCAAACCUAUACAAAUGUUCUCUGCAUAAAUUCUUGGCAGGUAAACAGAUACAUUGACAUGUAUACUUCAACUGCAGUUAUUGGACUUCCUUCUGAAGACUUGCGCCAUCUCAGAGAAUUAUAUACUCAAGCACAGACUAACUUGCAAAAUUCCAUUAGUUCGACAUGCUCUGAGUCAACCCUUCAAAGGCAAAUUGAUGCUUAUUCUGAUUAUUUAGGAAGUGUGGCAAAGCUUGCUCGAUCUGCAUGGACUGAAUUUAAUUUAAUCUUGAUGUUUGCUGAGUCUCUGAAAUGUGAUGAUACUGUCCAUUUUCGUCCAGAUUUUCUUUAUCCUAAGAAUCCUUUCAGGCUAGCAUCUGCUCUAGCUUUUGGUGGUGAUCCGAGCAGCAAGUUUUCCUUUCAAAACAGCUACAUAUGUGAGUGUUCCCUUGCUCUGUGUGUUCCUACGUUUUUGCUUCAACCUGUGGUCUUCAAUCAGAGAGGGAAAUUGACAAUAGAAGAACCUGCAUUUCUUUUUCUGAAUAUUAUUCUGAGGUUUGGGAUUAUGAUUGGCCAGUCAAAGAAGAAUGUUGGUUCAACUUCUAUGGAUGCACACUUUUUAAGCAGCUUGGAUGAAGGUUAUACUGUUUGGUUGAUUUUGUCCGAGAUCUUGCCAAUCCUUGUGUUAUCCUCAUUCACCUUCCUGUUGUACAGGUGGAUCUCUAAAAGUUCCACUUGGAGAGGCCUCAAAUAUUUUUUCCUUGUAGAAGCUGCAGCUAGCUAUAUGCUUUUAAUAUUUCAUUGGAUGUCAGAAAGCAAUUUUUUAGCAAUUCCCAUGGCGCUUCAAGAUUUGGGGAAGAAUUUUGCCCCCCGUAUAAUCUAUGCCAUCGGAUUUGGGCUUCUAACUUUAAUAAUGCUUUGUAAAAAUCUAAACCAGAAGGAGCAGCCUUCAUCUCCAGCUGAACAAACCACUACUGCAACAGUAGCCAUGCUUUGUGCUUGGAGUCCUACUGUCCUAAUUCUUUUAGGAAGUCAAGGUCCACCUGUGGCUUUAAUAUAUUUAUUCGGAGCAUGGUGCAUAAUAAGAAGCCAGAAGGAAGUCCUAGUCAAUGACCCCAUUUCUAUCACACAAUGGAGCCUUUUGGGUGUGUGUGCCUUUUUCUUUUAUACAGGUCACUGGUGCACAUUUGAUGGUCUUCGAUAUGGAGCUGCUUUUGUUGGAUUUGAUGAAUUUAACAUAGUCCGCCAAGGUCUUCUUCUUGCAAUCGACACUUUUGGUGUACUUCACAUCAUUCCGGUCAUGAGCCUUCCACUACUUGUAACGCUUAAGCAUUGUUACUCCAAGCACAGCCAAGUAAAGGCAGUUCUUUUCUUAGUCCUGACUCAGCUGUUCUUGAGUUAUGGUUUAAUCACAGCAGUGACAACUACAUUUACAAUAGUAUGUGUUACAAUUCAGAGGCGACAUUUGAUGGUGUGGGGAUUAUUUGCACCAAAAUACGUUUUUGAAGUCCUGGGCCUGCUUCUCACGGACAUCUUAAUUUGCCUGGCUUCUCUCUGCUACUACUGAUGAGAUAAUAUGCGCAUGUGAAGCUAAAAAGAUGAUUGAGGGGAAGAGCAUCAUUGCAGAGUAAGGGAAAGAUGAAAGGCGUCGUCUUGUUUGCCAGAUGAUGAAGAUAUGAACAUCAGAAGACGGUUAUGUCGGCAAGGUGGUGAUAAGAGAGGAAUAGAGUCCAUGUGGACUAGUGGAUGUGGUCUGUUGCUCUUCAGCCAAAUGAAAACACUAAUAACCAACAAAAGCCUAAUGGAACCAUGCAUGCUUUUUCUUUUUUA